UUUGUCUAAGUUGAAAAUAAUGCGAUGAUGGAUGUGGAUUUAUUGAGACCAGGCACUGUGCCUAUAUCUCCUGAUACGAUUCUUUGGUUUGAAUUUUUAUUAAAUCCAUCUUUAUUACAACAACAUUUAUCCAAACCUUCUCCCGAUCCUUCAGCGACGGAUUUAAUUAUCAAGUUUAUGACAAUAAAUUCAGAACAAAAGGAAAAUGAAGUGAAAAUUGUUGAUACAGAAAUGAAUGAUACAAAACCUAAUACCGCAGUUAAAUGGAGUCACAGAAAUCUUGCUUUGAAAAUUCUUUCUUUGAAAGUAGCAGCUCAUUUAAAAUGGGAUUUGGAUAUAUUAGAAAAAAAAUUACCAUUACCAAUACAGUUAACGCUACUCCAAGACCUUCUUUAUAUAACAUCAGAUUUAACAGUUGAAAUACCAACUAUACCUGAAUUUGUAAUGCAUCCAAUUUCUGAUCAACUUCUAUUUACGAUUGUUUUAUACCAUAGAUGGCAUAUAAGAGCAAUUCUUUAUAGAGCCUUAAAUAACAAACAGUCAAAGCAACAAUUUCUUCAUAUUCCAGGUAUACAAGAAUCAACCUAUGUACCACCUGGGGUAGUAGAUGACAUAAUUAGAAAAUUAGAAACUCAAGUGUCUAAUAGUAUAACCGUUCUAAAUAAUGUUCUUGAAAGUAAAGAUAUAAAUCCAAAAAUGUUAUCCUUUGAUACUUUCCAAAUGCUAUCUGAAGAUAGCACAGAGAUUAAACAAAAUUGGGAGAAUAUGUAUUCUAUAAAUUUAGAAGAAUUUAAAUGCCAGAUACAUUACGAUCUGGCAAGAUUUCAUUUGUUAAAAGAAGAAUACCAAGAAGCAAAGCGUCACAUUAUACAAGCCAAAGAAUUAUUUUACAAUUUCGAUAAUUCAGAAGGAAGGUUAUAUUGUAAAGUUCAAAAAGAAUAUUUAGAUGGUUGUUCCUUAGCAUGCGAAGUACCUAUAGAAGGAGUUACUUCUAGUCUUACCCAACAAUUGCAAGCAUCAAUUAAAGAUCAAUAUACUAAUAUAUUGCAAAUUUUACAAACAGAUAACAUUACAAGAGAAAUUCCUCAAGUUUAUAGAGAUAAUUUGGAACUCGAUGUGCAAGGAGGAUCUGUUAAUAGAAAACUUGUAGUAGCUCGCGAUCUUUUGCUCCAAAUUCAAUGUUUAAAUUUAGUUAGAAAAAUUGUAGAUGGUAGUAUAAUUCUUGGUGAUUAUAUAACAGAAAUACAAGCAGCUGGAAGCAAAGGAAUGGAUAUAUUUCUUUCGGCUCUUGGAAAUGUUUUGGAACAAGCUACUGAUACAGACAAAAAACGUAUUUCUCGCUAUCUUCUUUAUUUCGUACAUACCACUAAUAUUUAUAGGUUUGCUUCUAAAAUACUCAGUGAUCCAUUGUAUAUGACAUUAUUUAACGAGGAAGAAUUAGAAGAAAUCAGAAAAUCAGCCACUGUUGAAGAACUUGAAAUACCGGAUUUAUUAUUGAAAAAUGAUUGGGGUAUUCCGCUAAUAACAUAUACUCAAAGCUCAAGGAUAGAAAUAUUUGAAUUAGAACAAAGAUUAAUACAGUCAUAUGAUACUAAUGAAAUUCACGAAAUAUUGAUACAUUUAGAUGGUAAACAUCGAAUGAAACCAUUAUGGAAUGUAAAUAGUUGUUGGGAACUACCUAUACCAUUACAAAGUGUUGUAAUGUCUCUUCCCAGAGGAUUCCUUCAAGAUUAUUCAUAUGUAUUGUUAGCAAAAAGUAGGGAAUUAGUAAUGUCUAAAGAUUUUGAAGGGGCAAUUGAGAUAUUAAAUGUAUUGGAGAAAGAAGUACAGCAACAUUCACAAAGUGGAAACACAUUAAUAUUUAAAUUGUGUAAAUUAGUAAACUGGGAAUGCCUUCUUGUAGAAAUUUGGAGAUGUCUUCACUUAUGGCCGGCAACGGGUAUAUGUGAUACGCAAACUUUAGUCACAAGAUGUAAACAAUGUCUUGGAGCAUUACAAGCAACAGAUCAAGUUAUACCAAGACAAGAAAUUAUUGAAUAUUGCACUGUUUUUCUCUUAAAUAUGACUGAGUGGGAUUAUUUAACAAGUUUAGAGAAACGUUGGAGUUACUCAGAGUUUGCAGCAGCCAUCAGUAGCGUUUGUCAAGAUAUUGUUAAAUACAAAGGUGGAAGGAAAUUUCCAAGAGAAGCAUGGGAUAUGGUAUUGACUGCCUUUGGACCAAGUAGAGAUCAACCACAGAAACGAAGCAACAGUGGCAAUAGUGGAACAAGUACUGGUAGUGCUUCAAGAGAUGUUAUUGCUAGCAUUGGAGGAACACUUAAUAGAUUACGCGAACCUAUGGUUCUUACUGUUGUUAUUUCAUUAUUAGCACGUUUGCGAAAUGUUUUACGUGAUGAAUCUGGUCUUGAAUUACAUACACAAUAUCUUCCUCUUUGGCCUGCUGGUGUACCAAACGCUAAUUCCUAUAAUAUUAGAAGUAUUGGAGAAUUGCUGUUUCAAUUACUAACACAAGCUUUGAAAUAUUAUCCAAGUAAUGUUCCUUGGUUGAGAUUGAUGGGAGACCUUAAUUUUGUUUUAGGAUACUAUGAAAGUGCAAUAAAAUAUUAUUUAGAAGCUAUUAUGGUAGCCAGUGAUUUGUUCAGUCAACCAGUACCAAGAUCACAGAUUGAUGAUCUCGUUUAUAGGCGUAUGAUUAAAUGUUGUGCUCAUUUACAAUGUUAUACACAGGCUGCUGUACUGUGUCAAUUUUUGGAGGAAGUAGAUUAUACUUUAGCUUUUAAAAUGGCAGCCAGCGAUCAAAAAAGUUGCGCACCAGCAGACGCUAUGGACGCAUACUAUCAUUGUAUUUGGGAUACUACAAUACUUGAGUAUCUCAUUCAUUUACAUACAAAACGUGGUGAACAUCAUAGAAAACAAUUAGCGAUUAAGGUAAUUGGUUUAUUGGAAUUGAAUUCUAAUAAUAAUGAAGAAAUACAAAGGGAAGCAGCGAACAUUCGGAAAGCGAAAUUUUUAAGAGCAUUAGCAAAACAGUAUGUUGGCGUCAAGAAUGUAGUAACAGGAGUGGGAGAUUGUAGUAAAAACAAUGCUGGAUCGCUAAGCAAGUUCUGCGUGAGUUGCUACAAAACGGAAGCUAUAAAAAAUUCAUACAUACAGUUUACAUAUUACAGUAUUUUUAACAUGGACGAUGAAGAAGGAUCAUCAAGUUCUGGACCCAUGUCUUCAUUGAACAGUUUGUUUUCAUUUACUAGUCCUGCUGUAAAAAAGUUACUUGGUUGGAAACAGGGUGAUGAAGAAGAAAAAUGGGCAGAAAAAGCAGUUGAUUCAUUAGUAAAAAAAUUAAAAAAACGGAAGGGUGCAAUAGAAGAAUUAGAACGUGCUUUGAGCUGUCCAGGCACACCUAGUAAAUGUGUAACAAUUCCAAGAAGUUUAGAUGGUAGAUUGCAAGUUUCACAUCGUAAAGGUUUGCCACAUGUAAUUUAUUGUAGAGUAUGGAGAUGGCCAGAUUUGCAGUCACAUCAUGAAUUAAAACCAUUAGAGUUAUGUCAGUACCCUUUUUCUGCUAAACAAAAAGAAGUUUGCAUCAAUCCUUACCACUAUAAAAGAGUGGAGAGUCCAGUGCUCCCACCUGUAUUAGUUCCUAGACAUUCAGAAUAUGCUCCUGGACAUUCAUUGUUACCAUUUCAACAAAUAGCAGAACCAACAAUGCCACAUAAUGUGUCCUACUCCUCUAGUGGAUUUAAUGCUGGAUCUACUGGUGGUGUAAAUCCAACAUCACCUAUGUCUUCUGUUGGAUCUGUUCCCAGUCCAGGAAGCACAACAUCACCAAAUCCACAAAGUCCAUAUGGUACUAAUGGGCUACCAGAAACUCCUCCUCCAGCAUAUUCUCCACCUGAAGAUGGUUCACAACCUGGACAAUCACCACCACCUGAUCCAGUAGCAAUGGAUACAAGUGGAUCAGCUGAAGUAGCUCCAGUAUGUUAUCAGGAACCACCUUAUUGGGCCUCCAUUGCAUAUUACGAAUUAAAUUGUAGAGUGGGUGAAGUUUUUCAUUGUCAUUCUCACUCUGUUAUUGUGGAUGGUUUUACAAAUCCAAGCAACAAUUCUGAUCGCUUUUGUCUUGGACAAUUGUCCAAUGUAAAUCGUAAUUCUACUAUUGAAAAUACAAGAAGACAUAUAGGCAAAGGAGUACAUUUAUAUUAUGUAGGUGGCGAAGUUUAUGCAGAAUGUCUCUCUGACUCUGCUAUAUUUGUACAAUCUAGAAAUUGUAAUCAUCAUCAUGGAUUUCAUCCUAGUACUGUUUGUAAGAUUCCACCAGGAUGUUCAUUGAAAAUAUUUAAUAAUCAAGAGUUUGCCCAGUUACUUUCACAAAGCGUUAAUCAUGGUUUUGAAGCAGUUUAUGAAUUAACAAAGAUGUGCACUAUAAGAAUGUCAUUCGUUAAAGGAUGGGGUGCUGAGUAUCACAGACAAGAUGUUACAUCUACUCCUUGUUGGAUUGAAGCACAUUUACAUGGACCCUUACAGUGGUUAGAUAAAGUGUUAACACAAAUGGGUUCUCCUCAUAAUGCUAUAAGUUCUGUAUCAUAAUUUGUGCAUCAAAUCUAAUAGCAAAGGGAGAAAAUAGUGAACUGUAGGAAAAUCUGAUGAUUCAAGAACAGUUUUUAAUAUCAUCAUAUAAUAUUUUAACUAGUUAUUGUAAGAGAUUUAUGAAAGUAUCAGAGAAAGUGGUAAAUGAAAAACUGCCUAAUGAGAUUUUUCUCAUGUGAGUAAACUGAAGCUAAUAUGAUUAUGAAAAUAAAGGGUUACGAAAGUUCAUAAUUAUUGAAAGUGAUCCUUAUUAAAGAAAUUUCGGAGAUUACAGUGUACACGUAAAAGCUGUACAAUUUUUUGGCUGUUAAAUAGGAGAAGAAUUAUAGCAGAAAAAAUAUGUGUUAUAUAUGAAGAAUCAUAUUUUUCAAAUAUAUUCAAUUACACUUAUAUAUAAUACGUUAUUUUAUAUGGAAAAUUGUUACAAAAAUAUGUCCUAAUGCUAUAUCACGAAUGCUUCAUUAAAUUGUUUCGAGACUUAUACUGAAAUCUACAUAUGCGUAGUUAAAGAGCAAAUCAACUGUAAUUAAACAAAAGACGAUUACUGAAUAAUAAUAUACGAGAAUGAUUCAGAAUUACAUCAAAUAACAUUUUAACAUUUAUAGUUUUGAAUACAAUAUGCAUGCUUCUUAAGCAUUUGAUUUAUGCCUAAACAAGUCUUAGAAUAUUUAAAUUCAUUACUAUUAAGAUUAUAAUCUAAGUGUAAUUAAUUUCAAUUUUACUAAUUGUAAUACAAUUAAUAUUUUAAUAUAAACAUCAGAUGCUGAUCUCACGUUAACAUUUGAAAGUUAACUGUAUCUGAUGACAUAUUGGAAUAUUAACUUUGAUAAUGCAUAUAAAAAUAUUUUUUGCGCAACGUUUCCUAAUAUUUGCGAAAUGUAAGCCUUUGGAUGUAGCCUUAUAAGAAAUUAAUGUGACAACUAACAUAAAGUCAUCUACUUACUACUUGUCGAAUUGAGAGUAAUAUAAGACUUAUGUGUUAGCUUUGCACUUUUCAGAAGUGUUUACAAAUUUCAGGCUUUGACAGAAGUUUAUGUACAUAUAAAAAAUAUAAUAUUAUAUGAUGUUAUAUGCAAUUCAAAUAAUUGGCAUUACAUUUGAUACAAACCAUAUGAAAAUUCUGUGAAUUGAAUUCUGAAAAGUGCCAAAAGUGUAUGUAUAUAAUGCCUUUCAUUUAAAUCAUGUCGAAAACUAUUUUUGUUGAUCAUUAAUAGGGAACUUAAGCCAAUGGAGAAAGAUUUACCUAGAAAAUAUUCGGUUACAAAACAUAUUGCUUGUUUUAUAUAUUUUACUGAAUAACAUGCAAAUUUUAUAAGAACAUUAUAAUAGUGAGCAUAAGAAUUAUAUAUCACAUACACAUUCAAUAAUGAGCUGGGAAGGUCAUAUGAAUACUUAGUUGAGAUUAAAUAAAAUUAAAUCAAUGGAAAGUGUUAUGCAUUGAAAUUUCAUUACAAUCAACGCUCAUGUCUGUGUCUUUACAUAUUUAUAACAGAACAUUAGCUUCAUGAUGUAGACGUUUAUUAUAUACAUCGAUUCUCAUCUUAAUUUUACAUUAAGGUACGCAGGUAUUACUGAAGAAGCACAAAUCUCAACUUAAUGUUACUAUUGGAAAUACCUAUAAUGUAUAUUCGAAUGAUCUUCUGGCUUGCUGAUAAACUUACGAUUAUAAUUCAAAUUAUUUUUAUGUAUAUCUUACGAAUAUUUCAAUUGUAAGUGAAUGAAGAAAGUAUACGGAUCAUAUAACUUUAACGGAGAGUACUUGAGAACUGGAACAGAAGUCACUGCCGCUUGCUGUUACUUAUUUGUCGAUGUACCUAGCUGUGAUUGUUUGCUACCAAAUUUAGCAAAUUACGUAUGGGUGAUCAACGAUGGUAAAAGUAUUUGCUUUAUUGAAUCAAUGAAGAUGAAGAUAUGUAUUUGAAUUUAAAAGCAUAAUCGUACAAGGAAAUAUGACAAUAACGCUUUAAAAAAAAAUACGACGAAUAAAAAUAUUCAAUCAAAGGAACAUUUAUCGUACCACGUACCAUUUUUUCGUGAUCACCUGUAAUACCUAUUUAGUUGAAAAAAAGAAAGAUAAUAAUAAUAAGAGAAAAGUAUUUUUCAUCGAAACGACGCUGUAAUUGGUAUAGAUAAUGUCUUAAAAUAAUGUAAACCUGUUAACAGAAAUGUGAAUUAAUGUUUUAGGUAUAUCGAGCUUGUAGCACUCGUAACGAGCACAAUGCUUUAUCGCAAUAUGUAUGUAUGAAUAGCUAAUAUGUAAUAACUAUAUUUAGAGCUUCUAUUCUUUGUUGGUAUCGUUUUCAAUUUUUUUACUGUUAAUUGAUGCACCAUAUAUUGCAAAUCUUAUUUCCAAAUCACCUGACAUUGCUUUCUAAUUCCUAAGUUUUGCAGAACUGGAUAAGAGCUUAGUGAGUAUUGCAACAACAACAUUAUCAUGCUACAAUUUAUAUACUUAAUUAUGUGCCGCCCAAGUUGUGCCUUGGAUAUCUUUUACACAAUAUAUUUCAAAUAAAUAUACAAAUAUGAAAUGAAAAUUUGCUACAAUGUGUAGUGAAACAAAUGUAUUGUUUGUCAAAUAGUGCUUACAUAUAUUUUGAUCGUAUAUUAUGUGCAAAGUACACUGCCUAUAAUGAGAUUCCUAAAUGCGUAAAUAUAUAUUUAAAAAUACAAUAGUUUUAUAGAAAGAAAUUUAUAUAGAUUAUCAUGAUUGGUGAUUUGGGAAAGAUUUGUGAUUAUUUUAGAUGUCAGUCAGUGUAAAUAAAUUCUUUUAGCUGUAAAAAACAUUUACAAAAUCCAUUCCACAUUUAUCAUGUAGAUCCGAUAGCUACGGGCUUUCUCUUUAAUAUUUUCUUUACGUCUUUCAGAGUGUCGGUAUCAUUGUAUAUUAUUCCAGAAGAUGAUCGUGAUAAUAAAAAACACAGCUAUUUAUCAUGAUCGAAAGUACGAUAUCAAAUAAAUUCUGUUGCAGAAUUAUAAAGAUUAUCAACAGAAAUAUCGAUCAGAUAUAGCUAAACAUAAUUAAAGCUGCAUACAUUUCUUUAUCCUUGAAACUGAUAUCAUUCGCACAUAUAGAAAUCUUCAUACUUUCGAUGAUGUAACAGCAGAUGCUGAUUUGUUGUAGCAAUCAACAUUACGAUAUCGUACAGCUCUGCUAUCGUUAUUAAAAUUAUGAAAUUCUUCAAGAGAGACUUCGUACGUAUUAGAAUAUUAUCAAAAAAAAUGUACUCUUGUUUCCUCUGUCAAUCUUUCGAAACAAAGUCAGACUUCGUUCGACGAUUCAAAAAUUUUCAUUUGUGCAACUGUAUCUGCAUUUCUGGUAAUUACUGUGUUGUGCAGUUACCGAGUAUAAAUAAAAAAUGUUUCCUAUCUGUGUAUCUAUGUGCAACGAAAA